AUGAAUGAACCCAAGCAGCAGUUACUGUUCUUCAUGACACUUCCAGACUUACACAAACUCUGUGCUGUCCGACUGCUACUGAGUCAUGGCCUCGCCGAUACUGAGAUAAGGAGUGCCCAGAGGAAAAUGUGCAGGCACUUGCUGCUUUUGCAUCAAGAGAUUCUUACGUCGCCUGUGCCAGAACUGUUAGACCAAAUUUGGGUGGUAAUGGCAAUAUCAUUUUAUAAAACUGGAAAACUUAAUGCCUAUACUGAAAAAUAUGGAGUUAAGAUGGAGGCUCCACAAAGAGUGAUUCCUGCCAUUGUUCAAGCGUGCCUUUCCUUCUCAUUGCCUGCCAGACUCGCUCCAGCCUGGAACAAAGCCGGCCACCUCUUGGUGCAAGGAAGAGAUUUUCUUUCUCAAAUGGGAAAACAAAGUGCUAUUGUAUUAGACAUCAAUGUAACAGAAACUCAAGUUUGUCUAAGUGUAGAAGCUUGCACAAUCAGACUGCCACCUCCUGAGCUUGAAGAAUUUAAUAUUUCUCGGGGCCUUAUAAAAGACUUCCUUACUAAUACGAAUGCUGUCAUUGCAAGUCAUUCCAUCUUAAGCAACUGGUGCUACAUUUUGCCAAGUAUGAAAAUGGGACAAAUCAUAAAUAUCCUUCAUGCUGUGCCCCCGGACUGUCCUUUCCACUCGCAUGAAGAACUGCGAAUGCACUGGGAGGAACUGUAUGGCUACAAGCUUCCAGAAGAUUGUGAAAAUGCUAAAACGUACUGCAGCGUCUACUUCAAGAUGAUUGGAGAAAGGACUUUUACAUACCCUCUGAGUUGCAUCAGAAGCCAGCCCAUACAGUUCUUCCCAAGGGUAGACUUGGAAAAUGUGGCGAAAAGCUUUCUUUCGGAUUUAAAAUCUACACUGCCCCAUCUAUGUGGAUUUCCCAUAAAGAUGACAAGUAAGCCGUGCUACCCCACACAGGAACUGAGCAAGGUUCGCUUGCAGGAAAACAAAGUCAAGCCGCACAAUUUGACCACUAAAAAUCCAUUCAGGCCUUGUAUGACUCAAGCCACGUCUGGACCACCGCCAUGCUCGCGGGAAGCGGGCCACCAGGGGGCGCCCGUGAGCAGCCAGCCGAAGCCAAGCUUCUCGGCUUGCGCAGCUCGGCCGUCUGUCCCUGGGACCAAGAGGCCUGCGUCUAAGGAGCUUCUGCAGGGACACGCGGAAGCGCCGAAGCCCAGCAGAGGAGUCCAGGCUCGUCACCUCGGCUCCCAGAGUCAAAUCACCCCUAAAUUUGUGCCUAUCUUCAAUAACAGGUUUCCACAGAUAAAUAGAAAUAACUCAGCAUUUGGCAGCACGAAAAGAAAUCAGGACAUCGUUACAGAACAUAAAUUGUUUUCAGUUAAAACUACCAUGAUUCAGGAAAACAGACUAAGCUUAGGUCCAGCUGUUAAGAAAGGAUCUAAUAGUAGCAUUCCGAUACAUACUGCAAAUGUGCAUCACAAGAGUUCCGAACGUCUGCCAAAAAGGGGCACGCGGCCCCUAAGGACGGCCACUCCGCCCUCGCCUGCUGCGGAAUCCAGGAAACGCAGGGUGCGUUCCAGUCCGAGUCAGCAGCUGCCCAGUGAGGCAGUGUUUCAGACAGCACGCAAGAAUUUCGGUGUGACGAGAAAUGCCGUCCACUUCCCAGUGAGUGGGAAAGAAAAUUCAACAAGCAAGCACGCAGCGCAAGUCCCGGGGCAGUGCUGGGAGCCGUCAAAGCCCAGGAGACCGCACAUCUUUGAGUCAGACACAGAAACGGACGAUGCCCCGCUGCCGCAGCAGCAGUCAGCACAUCCCACUGAGGAGGAAGGCGGACCAGCCCUCGGGUCCAAGAGGAAGUCCUGUCUGCACUCUUGCGGCUCAUCCAAGAAGCGUCACCCCAGUGCCAGCCAUCCCGGGCAGCCCACUGCUCGGAGCCAGGUAGAUUUUGACCUGGGGCUGUUCAUCGUAUGGUACACUUGUAACCCUUUGUAA